GUGUGGUCGCCGCUCUAGGGAGGGCUUCGUCGGGAAGAUGGCGACGGAUAAACAGAAGCAUGAAGGGAGGGUCAAGAUUGGCCAUUACAUUCUUGGGGACACGCUUGGAGUCGGGACGUUUGGGAAAGUUAAAGUGGUUGACCUAUGCUAAAGGACAGCUGCUCUGCCCUCAAUGCCAUGCCUCAUAGCAAGGAUUGUACAUGCAGAGCAUCUGCUGUUGUGCAUUGGGCUGAGACGUCUACAUAAAUGACACAAGGCUUGUUGCAGUAGGGUGGUUUCUGCAUACUAAUGGUAGGAAACCACAGCAAUAAGGUCACAGACACCUGGUGGUCAUCAGUUCCAUGAGUGUGGUGACUGCUAACAAUGACAGAGAAAAGGACAAAAGGAAGACAGAACAUGAUAAAGCUAAAGUAUUUCCAGAUGCGACUGUGACUCAACUCAUUAUGGAUUUAAGCAUGACUGCAAAAGAUCUGAUGUUUCUGAACUUAACACCCCUUCAUGGGCCAGCAUGAAUUGACGAAGCACCAAGUGGCUGUGAAGAUCCUGAACCGACAGAAGAUCCGUAGCCUGGACGUCGUGGGAAAGAUUCGCAGAGAGAUUCAGAAUCUUAAGCUCUUCAGGCACCCGCAUAUAAUUAAAUUGUACCAGGUAAUCAGCACGCCAACGGAUAUCUUCAUGGUGAUGGAAUAUGUUUCUGGGGGCGAACUGUUUGACUAUAUUUGUAAAAAUGGCAAGCUGGACGAGAAGGAGAGCAGACGUCUGUUCCAGCAGAUCAUCUCCGCUGUAGACUACUGCCACCGGCACAUGGUGGUGCAUAGAGACCUCAAACCUGAGAAUGUCCUGCUGGAUGCUCAGAUGAACGCUAAGAUUGCUGACUUUGGUUUGUCAAACAUGAUGUCAGAUGGGGAGUUUUUAAGAACAAGUUGCGGUUCACCAAACUAUGCUGCUCCUGAAGUGAUUUCAGGAAGGCUCUAUGCUGGUCCAGAGGUGGACAUCUGGAGCAGUGGAGUAAUUCUGUAUGCUUUGCUUUGUGGAACUCUCCCAUUUGACGAUGACCAUGUGCCAACGUUGUUCAAGAAGAUCUGUGAUGGGAUCUUCUUUACACCACAGUACUUGAAUCCUUCAGUGAUCAGUCUUCUGAAGCAUAUGCUGCAGGUUGACCCCAUGAAGAGAGCAACAAUCAAGGAAAUCCGGGAGGAUGAAUGGUUUAAGCAAGACCUGCCAAAAUACCUUUUCCCAGAAGAUCCAUCCUACAGCAGCGCCGUGAUCGAUGAUGAAGCCUUAAAGGAAGUUUGUGAGAAGUGUGAAUGUACUGAGGAGGAGGUGCUGACGUGUCUGUAUAACAGGAACCACCAGGACCCAUUGGCAGUGGCGUACCACCUCAUCAUAGACAAUCGCCGCAUCAUGAGCGAGGCAAAGGAUUUUUACCUGGCCAGCAGCCCUCCUGAAUCCUUCCUGGACGAGCACCAGCUGUCCGCUGCAAAGCCCCACCCUGAACGGGUGCCGUUCCUGGUGGCCGAGGUGCCACCCAGGCCGCGGCACACCCUAGACGAAUUAAAUCCUCAGAAGUCGAAGCACCAGGGAGUUCGCAGAGCCAAGUGGCACCUGGGUAUCCGAAGCCAAAGCCGGCCGAAUGACAUCAUGUCGGAGGUGUGCCGGGCCAUGAAGCAGCUGGACUAUGAGUGGAAGGUUGUAAAUCCCUAUUACCUGCGUGUGCGAAGGAAGAACCCAGUGACGGGAAUGCAGGCCAAGAUGAGUUUGCAGCUCUACCAGGUGGACAGCAGGACCUACCUCCUUGACUUUCGUAGCAUAGAUGAUGAAAUUUUAGAGGCUAAAUCGGGGACUGCCACUCCUCAUCGCUCAGGCUCGGUUGGGAACUCCCGAACAACUCUAAAGAAUGAGGCGGAGGCAGGAGAGGCCAAGGCCGAAGUGGCGGUCAAGGGAUCCGAUGGCUCUUUGGCGUCGUCUCUCACGUCCUCUGUCGAAUCCACUAGUGGAGAGACCUUUCCUAGACCUGGGAGUCACACUAUAGAGUUUUUUGAGAUAUGUGCGAAUCUCAUCAAGUUACUUGCACGAUAGUUGUUGAGUUAGCCUUUGAGUGUCUUUAAGCAAUAAGCAUGCAACUGAUUCAUGGCUAACUUCAUUCCAUGUGGAUGAGCUAGUUGUUCCAUGGCACUGAUGCAGUUUUGCCUCAUAGAUUAGGCGAACUGUGGGCGGGAAAGAUUUUGAAUGAUAAUUGCUAAGCCACUUUAUAGUAAAAUUUUUUUUUUUUUUUUUUAAACAAAUUGUUUUACAUAUUACUUUACUAUCUAGCUAAAUGUCCCCAGAAUGCAUUUCGACUUCCUAGUCAUUUAUUGUCAGCUUGAUUUGCUGAAUUUGUAUUACAUUCAGUGAUGCUAAAUCCCUCAUUUCUAGGUAAAAACAAGCAAAUUGUUCUGCUAAUAUGCAAGAACAACUUUUGCACAGUUGUCCUGUACCUGCUGCUCAAUUACCAUAUUAGAUAAUCCACCAUUGCAGAAUAUGUACAAUGAGUUGCACGUACCCUUUGAGAAAUGAUGAAAGCCGAUUAAAAAUACAGAGGAAGGAUAGUCUUGUUCCUCUCUUUUUCAGGAAAAAGCUUGCCUCUCCUGAAAAUAAUGAUGUUCUUUGAAUCAUUUUAAGGAUUUCCAUGCCUCUGUAUUUUUUGUAACAAUUACGUUUAUUUGAUUUACUUUUCCCCCUCCCUUUUAUAUAUAAAGAAUAAAGUUGAUCUGGAUAUAUUUAUCAGUGCUUUAAAUAUAUAGGUUAUUUUGCAAUCAUUUUGUUGAUGUUUUAUUCCAUGUCUCAUAUUCCAAAAUCAUUUUUAGUUUUUAUUCCAGUUGCACUGUUAUGUUUGUCAAACACUUAAUUUAGUUUUCCAAUUAAGUAGUUUUAUUUUAAUCAAAAUAAAUAAAUGGCCAAACUAUUCUGAGAGUACUGUUUUGGAAAUGUGGGGUCUCUGUUCCAGAUCAUGCUUAAGAUUGCAGCUGUAGCAAUACAUGUUUUCUGUGUGAGUUUUGGACUCUGUAAACAACAAAUCUGCUUGCAUUCAAUGUCAGUACUUUGGAAAUUGGUGUGAUAUCACUGCUGUUUAUGCAGAGCUUCUAAAGUUCAAUUAAUGCCCUUUCCUGUAUUGAACAGGAAUACUUGGGACUUAAGACCAAAUAUGAAACAUUUUACAUUGAGUCCUAUAGUGAAAAAUCUGUUGGAAUGUUUUCUGUCAGAUUUGGUUAUGGUAUGUUGCAUAGUGUAAGCUGGCAGUUUGAUUGACAUUGAUGAUAUAAUAUUAUGGACCCAUAAAUUUACAUUGGUGGUCAGCAGACAUUUGCAAAUUGAGUGAUGCCAGAUUUGUUACUUCUUUUCCAUGUUUUAUGUGUAACAAUAUUUUCAUGCCUUUUGUCCUUGUGAAGAAUAGCUUGCUUUUUGGAUAAAAUAUGAGGGAUGUCACAAAAUCAGUUACACUUUUAUUUGUAUCCUAAUUAUUUAUUUAAAUUCAAUCAUUUUCUCCCAAACAGUCCAGUUAAUAAUAGAUAAAUAAAUAAUAUAACUGACAAAGUCUUUAGUCAGUCACAAUCUCAGUUAAUCAGCUGCCUUAAUGUUAAUACUGUUGAUCAGUUUUAUAAUAGGAAGAGGUAUUAAAGGCUGUGAUCCAUUUCCUUGUGGGGUCUGGUAGUAGGUUAUUAGACCUAAGUAUGCCAUGAAUACUGUGAUGGCUGUUUGUAAAGCCACACCUACAUGUCACAGCAAUGUGCUGUUCGCUGAAGGAGUAAAUGGGUUUGGCCUUGCAUGCUGGCUGGCACAAAUACCAUUGAAAUGUCUGAUUUUAACAGAAAUUAAAGCAUUCUAGUAUUUGUAGCAUCAAAAAAAAUAAUUGGUAUGCUUUAAAGAAAUAGAAGUUUACACAAUUUUCUGUGCUGAACCCAGGUGUGGCGAGAGAUGUUAGGCAUUUUGGUAUUUCUAUGUAAAAGUGAUCAUUCUGGCUUCUAAAGACAGCUUGUAGACUAUGAAUCUGUUUUUUCCGUAUAUUUUCAUACUUUAAAAUUGUAUGUCAGUGUUGCAGGAAGAUUAGAUAUUACACUGGGGGACAAAUCACAAAUGAAUUACCUCUGCGUAUGUGUCUUAACUGCUCUUAAUCAUUUUUCUUUUCUUUAAAGUGUAGUGGAGAGUGGAGUGGGACCCAACCAGAUUGACCAAUGUAUUUUGACUUGACAGUGUUUAAAAUAAUAUGUACACAGAACUGCCUAAUAAAUAUGUAAAUUGCACAA